AUGUCCCAGCCGUCACGUCGAAAGCGAAGUGCAAGCCAAGAUGAGGCCCACGCUAUCCAAGAAAGUAACCCCCCCAAAGCUGCCAAAACAGUCCCUUCAGCGGCGCAGCCGGACAGUAGCCAACAAGCCACCACAGAACGAAGAGGGCGAUCUGCCAAGAAUCUCUAUGAUGAUACACUAAAGAUGAUUGACAGAAACGUCCGAGUCAUGGACAGAAAGGUGUCUGGGGAAACUGACCACGACCCAUUGGACUACACAACUGAUGAUUAUGCGAAACUUGUGUGCCGUCAUUCCAAAACAGUCAAGGCCCUAGCUGAGGUCGACAACACUUUAGCCUUUAAUCUCGUUCUCAGCAUGGCCGACGCAUCCCACGCUGAUCUCGACACCACACUCGAAAUGUGUGGAGAGGACCCUGCUGAAACCGCCCGAUACUUCCAGAGUCUGGACAACUUGCUUUUGCCAUUGAUCAAAGCCCGGCAACAACCCGCAGAGCUGUGCUGGCAGCUGCUCGAAGUACCAGUUCGGUGGUCUCGACGACGUACUCGUUCACAAGAUGCUGAGUCGGAUGAAGAUCCCGACGAAUGGUCUGAACCAGAUUACGAGAGGCAAUAUUGGGAAAAGUGCAAUUAUGAGCACAACAGACGACUCGCCAGGAGGAGACGGAGGGAAAUUGUUGAUGACUGGGUCACUGUGGCUUUGAGUGAUCUGAAAGAGGAGCGAGAUUAUCUUGACGAAUAUGGCAUCGAAGGAUUCUUUCCCAAGAGUAUCGACGAGUUAGAAAUGAUCCGGAUGCAAAUUAGUACCAUAGUAUAG